AUGGAAUUCAGUUGCAAAGAAUUCAAGGUGGGAAAAUGCGAAGGGGAGAGGCUGGUGGAAGGGGAGACCAUACCGCUAGUGCUGCGGCCGCCCGCAGAGGAUAAAAACCAGUUGGAGUGUUUGUUGGAGGCAAUAGGGAAAAACAAGGAAUGGUUUCAUCAGAUGAUAGUGAAGAACAGCGCAGUUCUUUUGAGGGGAUUUGAUGUGAAGAAUGCUGUUGACUUCAACGACGUGGUGGAGGCGUUCGGGUGGGACGAGAUAAGGUACGUGGGGCCCGCACCGAGGACGCAGGUUCACAAGAGAAUUUGGACAGCCAAUGAAGGUGACUUGUCUGAGUUCAUACACUAUCACCAUGAGAUGCUCUCGGUAAAAGUAUUUCCGGAGAAAGUAAUACUCUUUUGUGAAGUAGCUCCGCCGCAUGGUGGAGAGACGCCCUUCAUUCCUAGUUUUCGUGUAACGGAACGCAUGCUUGAGGAGUUCCCCGAGUUUGUUGAAGAAUUGGACAACAAGGGGCUCAAAUACACCUUCAAAGUUCUUGGCAAGAAGGAUUCAUCUUCCACGAAAGGUCGAGGUUGGGAGAACGCCUUUGGAACAUCAGAUAAAGCCGAAGCAGAAAAGAAAGCUAACGCAUUAGGUUUUGGUGUGGAAUGGCUACCGGAAGGUGGUGUAAAGACAAUAUUGGGACCACUGAGUUUGACAAGGGUGUUUGAAGAAAGAAAAGGGAGGAGAAUGUGGUUCAACACCAUGGUUGGGAUGCACCGAAAGGAGGUGAGCAACGUUACGAUGGCCGACGGUACAGAGAUCCCCGAGGAAAUCGUGAAGAGAUGCUCCGAGAUUUUGGAAGAGGAAAGCAUACAAUUCAAGUGGGAAAAGGGAGAUGUUCUUUUCUUGGAUAACUAUGCUUUGCUUCAUGGUAGAAGGCCUUCCCUUCCACCUAGAAAGGUCUUGGCUGCUUUAUGCAAAUAG